GAGAAUAUUUGGUUUUGGUUAGGUGUUUUGUAUUGCACGUAGUAUAAUGCUGUCUUCCCCAACUUGAUAUCCUAUGGAUGUGUUAGACAAUGAAUCCUAUCAGUCCCAGCCAGCCCAGCUCUGGGCCAACACACCUGAAGUGCACCAGGUUGUGGGGGGGGUGGGUGUUGUAGUAUCUUGUGUGGCAAAAGGAACUGUUUUGUGCCAGAGGCCCUGGGCCACAGUGAAUGCUGAAAGUGCUGCACCUGCAAAGUUCACCUCCUCAAACAGACUUCAAUCUUCUGUCCAUGUUCAUAUUCCUCAUUUUGGUGGGACUGCAGUUUUGCCCUUGUUUUCCUUUCUAGUAUGGAAUAUAUGUAGUAGCACAGCUUCUUUCCUUCCCUUUUUUUUAAAGGGUAUCAUGUCAGUGCAAAAGAACAAGUGCUAUCCAUCAUCUGUUUGAGGCUUUUGGAUAAAACUCGCAGGGCUUCUGACAAAAUGUUAGAAUCUGAUUAUCAUUUUUUGCCAUUUGUCUGGCAAAACGAAUAAAUUAAACACUGUUUGCAAAGCUGAGCUUUGUCACAUGGAUGAAGCCAAUAUUCCUAAACGUUGGCUUAAAAGAGAUCUAUCAUUAUCCUUGAUCUGUUAAUUGUGUGUGAGGGUAUACUCAAAUAAGCUUUCAUCUGUAUCGCCUAUCUUUCGCAAACCAGUACAGUUUUAAAAAGUACUGCCUUUCUGUGAGAGGUCUUUGUAAGUCAAAGAUAUUUGUUGGCUUGAAAAACUGGAAGGUGGCAGACUAUCACCAGUUAAGUAUUUUUCUGGAGAAACUCAAAAAACUUAUUUUCUAACGGUGUUUUUUUGCCUUUGAAAUCAUAUAGAGUGUGAUUAUUGCUGUGUAUUUCAAUAUGCAGGUUUGGCUUUUGGGCAGUGUAGAAAUGAUAAAAAUUGUUAUUAACAGAGGUAGUUGUAUUAAAGUACUUAACCAUCAAACAAGCAAAAGCAUUUUCAGCUCAUGUGGACAGUGAAAUGGAAAGAAAACUUAAUUUUUCAUAAUUGUAUAUCUUAUGUUAUUUUUUCACUUUCAAGUGAGUAUUUUCCAUUUUGAAAACCGCUAGUACAGUAGAGUUAAUUCAGGGACUCUGACAGUAGCAGAAAUAGAUACUCAGUUUUUGACAUUGGAAAAUUCAAAAUCUGAACAGUUUUGGGACUCCCUGAUAAUUGCUUGGUUUACUGGCUAAAUCUGCAUAUGGUAUUAUGCAGGUUACAGAAGAAGACAUUGGCAGCUGCACGGUCACUUUUUUCAUAUUUUUAGCAAUAUUCAAUUUCUGGUGACACAGCUUUGCUAUUUUCCUUCAAUCCAUUGCCUCAAGACCAGAAAGCAUCUCUGCUUUGUGAGCUCCAGGCAGCUGUUCUCCGUCAGGGUUUGCAAGAUUGGAUAGAGCACCUGUUGGACAUUAUAAAUUACCUCCCUAUCAGGGUGCAACAACUGUAGCCUGUGAGGUACAGACUUGUGCAUUGUUUCUGCUCUGCAGCAAAAAAUGGAGCAGCGCUUUCUGGGGCUUCUCUUGCUCCUUUCUUUUCUCCCAAGCUCUGCUGAGAUUUUGGAGAUAAGGAAGGGAUUUCCUUGCCAGCGCCAGUGAGAAAAAGAUUGUGCUGGACAUGCAUAUGGUAGACAUGUCAUGAGCAGAGCCAGCUGGAGCUGGGGGUCAGACUAGGCCCGGGACGCCCCUUCUGACUUGCUGUGUUUCUGCUUAAUUUGUUUGGCCCUCUGAUGCUGGUCUCACAGCAAAAAGUUUGGGAUGCAAAUGUUUGCUCAAUAUGUAAGGCUGGAAGCAAUGUAAGGUCUCUGGUCCUUUGCCAGGAUGGAAUGUGUACAAUGAAAAAAAGGCUAGUGGGUUUUUUCCCCCCCACUAGAAGCAGGAUUUGUGAGGAUUUUUUUGUCGUGCCCGAGAUACCCGCCAAGAUGUUCCUGCGAUUGUUGUCGGAUGUCCGAUGGCAACGAAGCAGCUUGGGAUGGUGGAGCAAGCGUCCCUCUCGGCACAGCAGCAUGAGUGGAGCAGAGCCGCACCCGACACCUCUCCCAGCGCACGCCCGGGUGGUGAUCUGUGGCGGUGGAAUCAUGGGCACGUCGGUGGCGUAUCACCUCUCCAAACUAGGGUGGAAGGACAUCAUCUUGCUGGAGCAGGGCAGGCUGGCCGCUGGUUCCACUCGGUUUUGCGCAGGCAUCGUGAGCACGGCACGGCAGCUGUCCGUCGAGCUGAAGAUGGCCGACUACUCGAACAAGCUGUACCAGCAACUCGAGCAAGAGACAGGGGUGCGAACAGGGUACGUGAGGACCGGCUCUGUCUUCUUAGCGCAGACGCAGGACCGGCUCAUCUCCCUGAAGCGCAUCGCUGCGCAGCUCAAGGUCAUGGGGGUCCCGUGUGAGAUCAUCUCCCCGAAGCGGGUGGCACAGCUCCACCCCUUGAUCAACAUCCACGACCUGGUGGGAGCCUUGCAUGUGCCGGAGGAUGCCGUCGUGUCGUCUGCGGACGUGAGCCUCGCCUUGGCCAGCGCCGCCGCCUCGAACGGUGUCCAGAUCCACGAGCGAACGAGCGUCAUCCACGUCUUGGGCCAGAAGGGCUGCGUGGCUGGUGUGGAGACCGACCGAGGAACGAUCGAGUGCCAGUAUUUUGUGAACUGUGCCGGUCAGUGGGCGUACGAGCUGGGCCUGUCCAACGAGGAGCCGGUCAGCAUCCCGCUGCACGCCUGCGAGCACUUCCACCUCUUGACGCGCCCCUGGAAGACGCCGCUGGAGAGCAGCAUGCCCAGCAUUGUUGACCCCGACGGGAGGAUCUACAUCCGCAGCUGGCAGGGCGGCAUCCUCUCCGGUGGGUUUGAGAAGAACCCCAAGCCCAUUUUUACCGAGGGGCGGAACCAGCUGGAGAUCCACAACCUGCAAGAGGACUGGGAUCACUUCGAGCCGCUGCUGAGCGCCUUUCUGCGAAGGAUGCCGGGUCUGGAGGGCCUGGAGAUCAUGCAGCUGGUGAAUUGCCCAGAAUCCUUUACUCCGGACAUGCGAUGCAUCAUGGGAGAGUCCCCCAGCAUCCAGGGCUACUUUGUCCUGGCAGGGAUGAACUCGGCUGGCACGUCUUUUGGUGGGGGAGCAGGCAAGUACCUGGCGGAAUGGAUGGUGAACGGCUCCCCCUCCGAGAACGUGUGGCCCCUGGACCUGAAGCGCUUUGGGGCUCUGCAGAGCAGCCGCACCUUCCUCCGCCACCGCGUCAUGGAAGUGAUGCCCCUAAUCUUCGACCUGAAGGUUCCCCGCUGGGAUUUCCAGACUGGCCGGCAGCUGCGCACGUCGCCCCUCUAUGACCGGCUCGACGCCCAGGGCGCCAGGUGGAUGGAGAAGCACGGCUUUGAGCGGGCCAAGUUCUUUGUCCCUCCUGGGAAAGACCUGCUGGCCCUCGACCAGAGCAAGACCUUCUACAAGCCGGACUGGUUUGACAUCGUGGGGGGAGAGGUCCGGUGCUGCAAGGAGGCCGUGUGCGUCAUUGACAUGUCCUCGUUCACCAAGUUCGAAAUAAGCUCCACAGGGGACCAGGCCCUGGAGGUCUUGCAGUAUCUCUUCUCCAACGACCUGGACGUGCCGGUGGGACACAUCGUCCACACGGGGAUGCUCAACCACAACGGCGGGUACGAGAACGACUGCAGCGUGGUCCGCCUCAGCAAGCGCAGCUUCUUCAUGAUUUCCCCCACAGACCAGCAAGUCCAUUGCUGGGCCUGGUUGAAGAAGCACAUGCCGGACGACAGCGGCCUGCUCCUGGAGGACGUCACCUGGAAGUACACAGCUCUGAAUCUCAUUGGCCCACGUGCUGUGGACGUCCUCGCAGAAUUGUCCUACGCCCCGAUGACCCCGGAGCACUUUCCCUCCCUCUUUUGCAAGGAGAUGAGCGUGGGUUACGCCAACGGCAUCCGGGUCAUGAGCAUGACACACACCGGAGAGCCGGGAUUCAUGCUCUACAUCCCCAUUGAGUACGCCUUGCACGUCUACAAUGAGGUGAUGAGCGUGGGGCAGAAGUACCGGAUCCGGAACUCCGGCUAUUACGCGCUUCGCAGCCUGCGCAUCGAGAAGUUUUUUGCGUUCUGGGGCCAAGAUCUGGACGCCUUCACCACCCCGCUGGAGUGUGGGCGUGAGUUCCGGGUGAAGCUGGAGAAGGGCACCGACUUCAUGGGCCGGGAGGCGCUGCUCCGCCAGAAGCAGGAGGGCGUCUGCAAGCGCUUCACCAUGCUCAUCCUGGAAGACCACGACACGGACCUGGACCCCUGGCCCUGGUGGGGGGAGCCCAUCUACCGGAACGGCCAGUACGUCGGCAGGACAACCAGCAGCGCCUACAGCUACACGCUGGAGCGGCACGUCUGUCUCGGCUUCGUCCACAACCUGGACCCGGACACGGGCAAGGAGCAGAUCGUGACGCCCGACUUCGUGACCCGGGCCGAGUACGAGAUCGACAUCGCCGGGCAGCGCUUCCAGGCCAAGGCCAAGCUGUACCCCUUCAGCGCGCUCUUCACGCAGCGCCGGCACAAGGACGAGAUGGAGUUGACGGGCUUCCAGGGCAAGUAGGGCUGCGUGGGCCGGCUGGAUGCCCGGCGCUUCGCGGGGCUGCCUGCCCCCCCCCGGCGCCCUCCGGGUGUGUCGGACUGCGGCUCCCGUCGUCCAGGUCAGCGGAUGAGGGCGAUGGGGGUUGCAGUCCCACGCGCCUGGGGGUGGCAGGGUGGGGAGGGCUGUCGUGCGGUCUCCUCAGCCCGUGACAUUUUCUACAUUUUGGACCCUUGCCUGCCCUCACACGCAUAUCUCAUGGCCUUCCCUGGGUGGGCCCCUGUACCGGCGGUAGGCCUGAGCUCCAGGCCAGGAAAGGGCUUUCCGACCGGACAGGCCCAGAGCAGGCCUUCCUUACCCAAGCCCGCCCUCCAAGUCCAGGCAGCGGGACCUCGGAACGUCUUCUCCCUUGGCGGCGCUUAAUCCGGUCGCCCCCGGGGCCGGCAGCGCACCCGCGUGACAGGUGCCCCCCUCGCUGCUCACGGCUUCCCCUCGGGAGGGCACAGCUGGCGUUGGAGGUGUUUUCCAGGAGGCGGUGCGACCUCUGAGCAACGGCGGGGAGGGCCAGGCCUGAGCAGCCCGGCCCAGCCCCUCUGCUGGGGGGCUCAGGGCGAGAAUCUCACAGAAAAUGGUUUGCGUCCCUGAUGGGGGGGUGGCCCUUCGGAUCAGACCCCCUCCCUCCCUCCCUCCCUCCCUCUUGCAUUGUCUGUGUGUCACUUUCGGGCACGUCUCGGGGCCGGGGCAGGGAUAAUGAGAGGAGUGACCGUGUUGUCCCUUCGCCUGCCGAGCGCUGGGGAUGGAGCACUCUUGGGACCUGGCUGGGAAGCGUGCCCUGGCCGUGCUGGACCCUGCCCUUUGCUUGGAGGGUCCGUAGCUUCUCCGGUGCGUCGGGAGCCGACCGGGCUUCAGCCGGGAUGUCUGCACAUGCUUGCGGGAGCACAUGAGCUGCUGAGCCCGUGGGUGACCCCCCUUGGCCCACGCUUCUUCACCCGCACCUGCUGGCGAGGGGCUAGCUUUGGGCCUGCUGCUCCUGGCCAGCACCGGCCGUUGAGUCGAGUCAGAGCCCCCCUCCUGGGGGAACCGUCCCGGGAGCGCUGUGUGUGUGGAGGGAGCGCGUGCGGCCGUCUCAGUGCCCUCGGAGCGACUUGGCUGGGCAGCUCCUUGCAGCUCCUCGCGGGAGAUCGCCGAGCUUGCACUCGGCCCGCGGGCGCCUCCGGGUGGGUGGCGGCUCAGUCUCGAUGGCGAGCAGCCGCGAGGGACGGAGUCAGAGCAGCGUGGGCGUGCUUGCACAUUCUCCCUCCUCUCCCGGAAGCUGAAUCGCUGUCCUUCGAUGCCACUUUUUUUGGAAAAGCUGCUUGAAAUGGUGCUGGCAAAUGGCCUUGUGUCCUUCCCCUCCGCUUUCAUCCCGCCUGCUACACGAUGCCUCUUUGUGUGUGUCCCUGGAUGGCUCAUUGCACGUGGCAUUGAAAAGCAGACUCCUCCUUGUAUUUUUAUGCGGCUUCCAUCCCAAGAUGCUGACCGUCUCUCGUUCUCUCACACUCCGACGCUGCUGGUUAGACAAACGGCUGCCAGGCGGCCUGUAAUUCCGGGACAGGCACGCCUGGGGACGUCCGGCUGUGCUUGAGCCUUCUUGAUGGAAGCAGACUUGAGGCUGCAACAGAAGCCUUUUGCCAGCCUGGAGGGGUUGCAUCAACAGACGUUUCAGACAUAAGAAGCUUGCUUGUUCCUUAGGUAGGCUGGAAACUUCCUUAGGCUAAAGGAGCCAGGUUUCCUUGUUCUUGCCACUUGUAAAGGAUGGCUGCUUCCUUCAGAAGGCGUUUUCACUCCAGUGUACAUGGAGCUGCAUCUGAAAUGCAGCACCUGAGUGGUCUUCUCCUUUCCGCUUUGCCAACUAGACUGAAUCUCCUUCUGUUAUUGCAAUGUUUCCCAUUUAUUGCAUAUGGAAAUGAGAAAAGUCUUUUUUUGCCAUGAGUUUAAAGUGGUUUGAAAGCAGAACUUCUCUUGGUGUGUUCCCUCACCCCGUUUUGGGUUCUCAUUAAGCAGGUUGUGUGUGUGUGUGUGUGUGGGGGGGGGGUUGUAUGCUACCAAAAAACUGCUGGAGCUGUUGAACCAGAGAUGAGAGCAAAGCCCACACCUGUGCUGAGUCCUCGCGCACCUAAUUCUGCACCCAGCUCUCCUCGCUUCGGAAUGGCGCAUUUCGCAGGAAGGAGAUGCGGCUGGCCCCUCCUCAUCCCUUCUUGCAGUUUGCUGGGCAGGGGCACGAGCUGGCUGCAUCCCAGCCCAACCCCCCUCGACUUCUGUGCCCCCCCGCAGGGUUUUGGCCUCAGCUGUAUGUGCCUGGACCUCCUAUGCUUUGGAGCAGUGACCUCCGCACAGAUUCCCCCACCCCCCGCUCCCAAAAUCAGCACAUCAAGACUCGCUCCUCUGGUAUCCUCAGAAGCACUUUAAAUGUGCCAGUGCAUCGUUGAUGUGGAAUGCCGCCCUCCUCCAGGGAUCGUUCAGGAUCGACUCUGAAAUGGGCGAGGGUAUGUUUCAGCACUGCUCAGUGCGUCAUCCGCAUAAGCGCGAAAGGCUUGUGCCCCCACCUCUGCUGAGGAAGGGGCCCCGGAGAUCCGGAGCUGCGCAGACCUCUCCUCCGGCGUGCCUUAUGCUCGUGACAGAGGAGGCCUCGCCUCCAUCCCGCCUCGCCCGUGGCUCUUUGCUGCCAGGCCAUCGCGGGGGCCGCGGCAGACUCCCGCAACCCUUCUGACGCACGCGGAGGGCCGGUGCCCUGCCUUUGUGGAGCGGCCGUGUGCGGACUGCGGGAAGCAGAUGCUGCGGGAAGCCCCUUUCUCCUGGCGGAAGCCAGUCCCCGGACCGCUGGCCUGAUGCGCACGAGGGGGCUCCCGCUUCCCGCCCUCUCCAAGUGACGAGCGUUCCUGCAGGUCCUUCUCGUUACGUGUCGGUUUUCAACACGACCUGGUUUGUAUCUCAAUAAAGCAUUGUUUUAACUAC